AUGGAAUGCAACUCUGCUCCCCGCCAGCCACAGAAUGAAUGCAGAAUAGAAGCAGGUCAGCUCUGGGGCAUGGCCGUAGAUGGGACAUCACUCAUGACUGUUCUGGCAGUACAGCACCACAUGGACUGGCUGGACCAGGUGGCAACCAUCCUGCAGUGCCCGGAGAAGGAUAUGGACAGCAUAUGGACACUCCAGUGGGACAUGGAGCACCAUCUGUGUAGCCUACCAGCAAUCACUAUGGACAUGGAAGACAUCCAGGAGCACUUGCAGCAGCUUGCCGAGACCUUGGGCCGGCUGUUGGACUUUCUGGUGGCACCACCAGGGACCGGGCAGCCCGGCCCCGCCCACGUCCCCAGGGAAGCCGCCGCGCGCCCCUCCCCCUCCCCCUCGCCCAACGGACACCCUCGUCACGUGAGCCGUCCCAUUCACGCACACGCGCGCUCCGCCCGGGCCCAGGCGGCGGCGGCAGUAGCGGUGGUGACGGCGGCCGGCCGGCCGGUCGGGUCCAGGCGAGGCGCCGAGGGCCGGCCCUCCCGCCCAGGGCUGCUGCUGCUGCUGCCGCCGCUCCUCCUCCUGGCUCCGUCUCCUCGGCGGCGCCCUCAGCCUCUCCCGAGCGCGGGAGGCGGGGCUGGGGCGGAGAAGCCGCUUCCUGCUCCGCUGCGCGAGGACAGGGAAGAGCCCGACGCGGAGCGGAAAGGCGCCGCCAUGGCCUCGCUCUUUAAGAAGAAAACGGUGGACGAUAUAAUUAAAGAACAGAAUAGAGAGUUGCGAGGUACACAGAGGGCCAUAGUCCGAGAUCGAGCAGCUUUGGAAAAACAGGAAAAGCAACUGGAAUUGGAAAUAAAGAAAAUGGCUAAAACUGGAAACAAAGAAGCCUGUAAGGUUCUAGCCAAACAGCUUGUGCAGCUGAGAAAACAGAAAACUCGAACUUAUGCUGUUAGUUCAAAAGUUACAUCCAUGUCUACUCAAACGAAACUGAUGAACUCCCAGAUGAAGAUGGCAGGAGCGAUGUCAACAACAGCAAAGACAAUGCAGGCUGUUAAUAAAAAGAUGGAUCCACAAAAGACAUUGCAAACAAUGCAGAAUUUCCAGAAGGAAAACAUGAAAAUGGAAAUGACUGAAGAAAUGAUUAAUGAUACUUUGGAUGACAUUUUCAAUGAUUCUGAGGAAGAAGAAGAAAGCCAGGAUAUUGUGAAUCAAGUCCUUGAUGAAAUUGGAAUUGAAAUCUCUGGAAAGAUGGCCAAAGCUCCUUCUGCUGCCAGAGGCCUGCCAUCUGCAUCAACAUCCCAAAGCGCAACCAUUUCAGAUGAAGAGAUUGAGCGGCAGCUCAAAGCCCUGGGAGUAGAUUAACCUGAUGGUGAUGUGCUGCCUGCCUUCUGCAGUUACUCCAGCGCAGGCAUGCCUAUGAACUUCCAACGCAGGUUUCAGUAAAAACCAAAUUCCUCUUAUCUCUGUUGCCUCAGCUAUCACUGGUGAUAACGAAUUCUUGAGGCAGUUGGAGAAGCUAGCCGGAAUCUAUUGCAAGAGAACAAUACAAAAUGAUCAUCUA